AUGAUAAAAGUGUUGCUUCUCAUCAUACCAUUUUCGGCAUUUGCUCUAGGCCAAGAGCAGAACCAAGCCGGUACCGCGGUUGCCGGGCCCCAUAUCGUCAACUCUCCAAAUGCACUGUUCCAGGCACGAGCCACUGGAUCUGUCCAACUGGAUCCAUGCCAAUAUAUGCUUCAGCAGUUGAAUCAGACCAGUAGAGAUUUGAUGCAACAUGAAGUAAACACACUGGAACAAUGUUUAUAUUACUAUCUCGCAGGAGAGAGUGCAAAGAAGUUAGCCAAACUUAACAUUCCCCAUGCAAUUGCUUCAAUCCCACCGAACUACCUGAGCCAACAGCCCGUGACAAUCAACUUUGCCCAGUUCACACUUCAGCACUUUGAAUUGAACGAGCAUCUUAAAGACAUUUCCAUUCACGGUUAUUUGGAACUCAGCUGGCAUGACGACCGUCUUAUGUGGAAUCAGGACACAUGGAAGAAAAACAAGCUCGUUGUUCACAGUUUCCAUCAUAUUUGGGUACCACUUCUCGGGUCGCAAAAUCCGGAGAACCAUUUGAAGAAUGGAGAUGCGUUUGAAAUCCGCAAAGUCGAGACCACAAAUCAAGGAAAUGUAUCGGCUAAAGUUGCAUUCUCGUUAAGAACUUUCUGCGAUGACACUGAUUUCGAAAAUUAUCCAAAUGAUGUGUACAAGUGUUGUUUCUCUUUCGAACCACAGCAAGAUAGGGAAGUUAUUCAAUUUACCUCUUCUGGCCUUCCAAUCUUUACUGAUCCAAAGAACUUCCGUGAUUAUGGUUGGGGAGUGUCUGGAACUGUUCCAGAGUCCUUUGACGAUCCAUCUGAGAUUGCUCAACUCGGCUUCUGCUUGAACCUUAAGAGAGCCCAUAGCUCAUUGAAGAUUGAACUUGCCAUUCCACUUUUCAUCACCACUGCGCUUUUCCUUCUCCCACCACUUUUCGGAAGCGUAAAGAUCCAGAUUUACUUGAAAAUGUUUGUGAUGGGGCUACAAUUUAUGACUCUUCUUAUCUUCUCAACAAGAAUUGCUCCAUUCCUUUCCAGCACUGCAAGCACUCCUAAACCAAUGAGAUUCCUCGAAAUUGCUUUGGUUUUCAAUCUAAUCUCCAUCACAACUUCAAUUAUUAUUUUCUGUUGUAUGCAAGUGAAGCGUACUCUUCCACCAUGGGGAAGAGUUACACAGUUCGCCAACUUCAUCAAUGGAUUCCUUGGAGUUUUGAAUAUAUCCGGAGUUGAAGAGUACAAUCUUGACAAAUAUGAUGAGCAAGUCUCCCAAAACUCAUAUCAAAAAGAUUGGGCCAACGUGUUCCGAGCGGCUCACGCAGUUCUCAUGGGAACUAUUUCUGCCAUUGUGAUUUUUGUGUACAUUGUUUAUUGCUUAUAAUUAUUAACUUCUCAAUAAUUUAAUUAUUAUAUUUCUGUAAAUUUCAUGUGUAUAUUAUAUUUAUACAGAUUUCAUUGUCACUUGUAGAUCAUAUGCCUCAUAGAUAAACCAUUAAUCUUUC